AUGACAUCGGUCCAAGACUCACUCAUUUUCGGGAAUAUCUUGUCAACGCGCGAGUCCGCUGCAAUCUGGUCGGACAGCACGCGGACCCAGUGUUACCUGGCAUUCGAAGGGGCGUUGGCCAAGGCCCAGGCUCGGCUGGGAAUCAUCCCGCAACGGGCGGCCGACGAGAUCAUCAAGUUCUGUAUCGACGUCCACCUCAUAGACUUCGAGGAACUGCGCAGGUCGACCGAAGUCAUAGGCUACCCGGUUCUGGGGGUGGUGCAGCAGCUGGUGCGCUAUGUUAACAGUAUUGAGCCGGGCUUGGGCGAAUGGGCUCACUGGGGCGCCACGACACAGGAUGUCACGGACACAGCGACGGUGAUCCAGCUUUGGGAUACCUUGGGCCUAUUCGAAAAAAGUCUCGAUGCUAUCGUCGUUGGACUGACGGCGUUGGCGGAGAAGCACAAGACUACGCCCAUGGCAGCUCGCUCGAACCUGCAACAGGCGGUUCCCAUAUCGUUUGGCUUCAAGAUGGCACGGCUGCUGGCCACAUUCCUGCGCCAUCAUGACCGAUUAAAAGACGUCGAAAGGCGGCUGACCGUGCUCGAGUUUUCCGGGGCUGCAGGAACACUGGCGACACUACCACCUUCUGACGACCAUCCGCUGCUAGGCCUCGAAUGCCAGCGGGAGCUGGCCAAAGAUCUCAACCUCAAAGUGCCCGAGAUUGCAUGGCACACAGAACGUGACCGGAUCGCCGAAUUCGGGACACUGUGCGCCAUGUUGACAAGCACGUGUGCCAAGUUCGCCCUCGAUGUCAAGCUCAUGAUGCAGACAGAGGUCGGCGAGCUAUCGGAACCAUACGUCCCGCACCGAGGCUCGAGCAGCACGAUGCCACAGAAGCGCAACCCGAUCUCGUGUGCAUACAUUACCGCCAUGGCGGGAACGGUGAGACAACUCAGCACGAGUCUGUUCGAGGCAAUGGUGGAGGACCACGAGCGCAGCACGGGACCGUGGGAGAUCGAAUGGAUCGUGCUGCCACAGCUGUCCACAUUGACGCAUGCCACGCUUAAACACACCGCCGAGCUGGUCUCCGGACUUGAAGUGCAUGAAUCGGCCAUGGCGAAGAAUCUCACCCUCUCCAAGGGCGCCAUCGUCUCCGAGGCUGUCAUGAUGGGUCUAGCCAAGACGUUGGGUCGACAACAUGCGCACGACGUGGUUUAUGAUUUUUGUCACCGAGCGCAGCAGGAAGACCGGCCGCUGCUCGAUCUACUGUGUGAGGAUGACGCGAUCAGUAAGGAGUUGAGUCGAGAUGAGUUGGCCAAGUUAUGUGACCCGGCGAACUACCUGGGUUACAGUGAGGUGAUGGUGGAUAAGGUACUGAAGAUCUCAAGCGAGCCUCAACCGGAAAGGACGCCGAGCUUGGUAUAA